UUAAUUCCUACACUAUUUACUGUAUAUACUGCUGGGGCAGCACAGUUUGCCUGGCUCAUGGUUUUUUGUGUUGCCUUCUUUAAAGGAAACGUGGUGGGCAGAAUAGAGGAGCGUGGCUUUGCUCGAUUUUCUUCGUCCUUCCUGUUUCCAGAUAAGCGGCAUCACAAAUUGCGGUUGGAGUCACAGCUCUUAUUAUCCAGUUUAUUUUGAAGAUUGACUUUGCUACUUGGUGCAUUAAGCAUGAAUUAUUCACGAUUCAUUACUGCAGUAAGUGCAGCAAGGAAAGCAUCUCCAAUAAGAGUCCUCACUGAAUUGAUGCAGCAAUCUCCCACAUCAUUAAUUUCUCUGGCUGGAGGAGCACCAAAUUCCAACACAUUUCCUUUCAAAAGUGCUACCAUUAUCAUUAAAGAUGAAACAAGAGUUGAAAUCAAGGAAGAGCUGAUGAGGAGAGCUCUCCAGUAUUCUGCUUCAGCGGGCAUUCCAGAACUGUUGUCCUGGUUGAAGGAUAUGCAGAAGACUAUUCAUAACCCUCCAACGGUUGACUACAGUCCUAAGGAAGGACAAAUGGAAAUGUGUAUCACUACUGGAAGCCAAGAAGGGCUAUGUAAACUUGCAAGACAGUAUGAUUUCCUUAUAAUAGAAGAUGAUCCAUAUUAUUUCCUUCAAUUUAACAAGCCUUGGGCACCAACUUUUCUUUCAAUGGACAUAGAUGGCAGAGUAAUCAGGACUGACUCCUUUUCUAAGAUCCUGUCAUCCGGGCUACGAAUUGGAUUUCUAACUGGUCCCAAGCCAUUAAUUGAUAGAGUUAUUCUACAUAUACAGGUUUCCACAAUGCACACCAGUACCUUCACCCAACUUAUAAUAGCCCAGCUUCUUCAACAAUGGGGACUGAAGGGUUUCCUGGACCACAUAGACAGUGUGGUGGAUUUUUAUAAACAACAGCGAGAUGUGAUGCUUAAUGCAGCAGACAAAUGGCUAAAAGGUUGGAGUCAAUAAUGAACAAUUGAUCUA